AUGAUUCGAAGCAAGGGAAAUUCCCUUCUUUUUGCUUUUUCUCGUUCAAUUCAAAAACAAUCUCCUUUCUUAUUCAAAAGACCUGUCCCCAAGUUUCAACAAGUGACGAAAGCUAGACAUUAUGCUUCCUUCCCCAAUUGGCCUUCCAACGGGACUGGCACUAAAAGGUAUCGGACAUUCAAUCCAAAUCCAAGAGACAAGCGAUUUCAGUUAAUCGUUGGAGCACUCGUCGCAGCUGGUGGGGCUUACUACUUUACCCAUUUAGAAUACGUUCCAAUUAGCAAUCGCAAACGCUUCAAUGAUGUGUCAUUAGAUUUCGAACGAAAGAUGGCUCAAAGUGCUUACAAGGAAAUCAUGGCCGAGUAUGGAGAUCGUAUGCUGUCAAGCUAUCAUCCUACAACGUUGUACGUUUCUCGAGUACUAAAAAGGAUUAUCGCUGUUUCAGGGAUUUCAGAUCUGAAAUGGGAGUUGCAUGUCAUUCGAGAUCCUUCAGCUAAUGCAUUUGUGCUUCCUGGUGGGAAAGUGUUUGUUUUUGAAGGAAUAUUACCCAUAUGUCAAAACGAAGAUGGAUUAGCUGCGGUUUUGGGACAUGAAACGGCACACCAAGUGGCAAGGCACUCUUCAGAAAAGAUCGCUUUUACAAGAGCUAUUACCUUUGUCUUUUACUUGUUAGCAGCUUCGUUGGAUUUGUCUGGACAGUUUGCUCAUCUCUUGUUAAACUUUGGACUACUUCUACCAUUUUCCCGAAAAAUGGAGGGUGAAGCUGAUUACAUCGGAUUGAUGUUGAUGAGUCAGGCAUGUUUUGAUCCCGAAGCUGCCAAGAGUAUGUGGGAGCGAAUGGCUGCUGCAGAAUCAAGCAUGGGCAGUACACUUGCUUUUGUUAGUACCCAUCCUUCCAGCGAAAAGAGAAUCCGUAAAAUCCAAGAGUGGUUGCCGGAAGCGAAAGGAAAGUUGGAAACUAGCGAUUGCUUUCAUCAAACAUGGCCACAAUUUCAGGCUUUCAAAGAAACAUAUUGGUGA